AUGGCCGUGCUAUAUGUCAAGGAGUCGGGAUCGGCGACACACGAAUCCAUCCCGACUGUGUUGAACCUGCGCCAACACGGGCGAUUGGCAUGUGGGAUCCGGCGGAGAGUCUUCUACGACAUCAACCAGGUGAACGAUGACUUCUGUGAUUGCAUGGAGGAUGGCCUUGAUGAACCGAGGACAAGUGCAUGCUCCCAUGUGGUUCCGACGCUGCAGUUCGCAUGUCGAACCCCGACGCCAGUACAAUUAGUACCUGUGACCACCGUGCGAGACGGGUCUGUUCCUACGAAACGCGCCAACACGGUGCUCGUGCAAGUCGACGCCACGACGCUAUUGUGUUUGGGCGGCAAGGAGCGCAUCAAACGCCGAGAGCCAGGACCACGCUACGGCAAUGUGCAUACCCCGGGGGUGUACAGUGUCACAGACGAGGCGACUUUGCCACGGCCACCCGUCACGCCUGUGGGUCUGUUCAAGCGCAAGAGAAGCGCGACGGACUCGCCAGAAGCGCCGCAGAAGCCCCUCAAGCGCCUGGAUGUGACAACGCGCCCGAGAGGCGGCGGCGUCGCUACGGCAGAUGGAGACAUGAAGAGCCAAUGA